AGGACAGACUGUGGGGGAGACAAGAGCCUGCCUGUCUUUACAGAUGAAAUUUUCUUGUUCUCUUCUGUACUGAGUGUUUCCCAAGCAUGCAGGUGACAAGCUUAUUAAUUUUGGUGUGCUUUAUAGCAGCGUUUCAAGUCUUCUCUAGAGCCUCCUCUCCAGUCAACUGCAAGUGGGACUCCUAUGGCCCUUGGUCAGAAUGCAAUGGCUGUACCAAGACUCAGACUCGAAGGCGUUCAGUUGCUGUUUAUGGGCAAUAUGGAGGCUAUCCAUGUGAGGGGAGUGCUUUUGAAACACAAUCCUGCAAACCUGAACGAGGCUGUCCGACGGAAGAGGGCUGUGGGGACCGGUUUAGGUGUUUUUCAGGUCAGUGCAUCAGCAAAUCAUUGGUUUGCAAUGGAGAUCCUGACUGUGAGGAAGACGGUGCUGAUGAAGACAAAUGUGAAAAUGUGGCUAACCCUUCCUGCAACAUUGAUAAGCCUCCUCCCAACAUAGAACUUACCGGUUAUGGUUACAACGUAGUUACUGGCCAGGGUAAGAAAAGAGUCAUCAACACCAAAAGUUUCGGUGGUCAGUGCAGGAAAGUGUUCAGCGGGGAUGGAAAAGAUUUCUACAGACUAAGUGGAAAUAUCCUCUCUUAUACAUUCCAGGUCAAAGUAGAUAAUGAUUUUAACUAUGAAUUUUACAACAGCAGUUGGUCUUACAUAAAGCACACAUCCACAGAGCAAAACACAUUUUAUUCAUGGAAGGGAUUAUUUUCCCACUCACGGAAUACUUACGGUCAUGGUUCAGCAAAAGAGGAAAUCGACACGAAAAUGAAGAGUUAUAAAUUGUUGGUUGUUCAGAACACUGUUGAAGUGGCCCAGUUCACUAAUAAUAAUCCUGAAUUUUUACAAGUUGCUGAGCCAUUCUGGAAGGAACUCUCCCAUCUUCCCACUCUGUAUGACUACAGUGCCUACCGACGGUUAAUCGAUCAGUAUGGGACACAUUACCUGCAGUCUGGGUCCUUAGGAGGAGAAUAUAGAGUUCUAUUUUAUGUGGAUUCAGGAAGUGCCAAAGAAACUGGUUUUCAGUCAGACCAGGAUAACGCAUGUUCGUCUGCAGACUUUCAGUUUCUUUUUACAUCGUCAGCAGAUCAGAGAUGUAUGAAACAGCUAGAGACUGAAAAAUCAACUUCAGGAAAUAAGGGCAGGUUGCUUCGAGGAAAACCAUUGGUCAGAGGUGGAGACUCUGGCUUUGUAGCUGACCUUAGUUUCCUGGACCUGGAUAAUCCUGCUGGAAACAAGCAGCGCUAUUCCUCCUGGGCUGGGUCUGUAACCAGACUUCCCCAAGUCAUAAAAGAAAAGCUGGCGCCGUUGUAUGAGCUGGUCAAGGAGGUGCCCUGUGCCUCUGUGAAAAGACUGUACCUGAAGCGGGCUAUUGAGGAGUACUUCGAUGAAUUUGACCCCUGCCAUUGCCGGCCUUGCCAGAAUGGCGGCCUCGCUAUUGUUGUGGAGACACAGUGCCAGUGUCUGUGCAAACCAUACACAUUUGGUUCAGCGUGUGAGCAAGGAGUCCUUGUCGGCGAUCAAGCAGGAGGGGUUGAUGGAGGUUGGAAUUGUUGGUCCUCUUGGAGCCCCUGUGUUCAAGGGAAGAGAACAAGGAGCCGGGAAUGCAAUAAUCCCCCUCCCAGAGAUGAUGGAAAGUCCUGUCUUGGAGAAACAACUGAGAGUAAGCAGUGUGAAGACCAGGACUUGGAGAAACUGCGAUUACUUGAGCCACAUUGCUUUCACUCGUCUUUGGCUCCAAAAGAAUUCUGCCUAUCACCCCCUGCCUUAAAAGAUGGAUUUGUUCAAGGUGAAGGUACCAUGGUUCCUGUUGGACAAAGCGUAGUAUAUGCUUGUGAUGAGGGGUAUUCUCUUAUUGGAGAUCCUGUUGCCAGAUGUGGAGAAGACUUACAGUGGCUUGUUGGAGAAAUGCAUUGUCAAAAAUUGGCCUGCGUUCUACCUGGAGAGAUGAAUGGCAUGCAGAGUCACCCGCAGAAACCUUUUUACAUGGUUGGAGAGAAGGUGACUCUUUCCUGUGUGGGGGGUAUGUCCUUAGAGGGUCCUUCAACCCUCCUCUGUGGCUCCAGCCUGAAGUGGAGUCCCGAGCUGAAGGAUGCCAAGUGUGUGCAAAAAGCUACCAGCACUCCACCACCAGCAGCCCCUGCAUGUCAGCCUUGGGAGAAACUGCAGAACUCAAAAUGCAUCUGUAAAAUGCCCUAUGAAUGUGGAUCCUCCUUGGAUGUAUGUGCCCGAGAUGAGAGUAGAAACAAGAUUCUGUCUCUGACCAUCUGCAAGAUGCACGUUGUCCACUGUCAUAAAAGAAAUUACACUCUUGUUGGCAAGGAAAGCUGUACUCUGCCUUCCCCGGCUGAGAAAGUCUGUGGUGCAUGCCCAAUAUGGAGUAAAUGUGAUGCUCAGAAUGGCAAAUGUAUCUGCAGAGAAGCAUCGGAGUGCCAGACAGCAGGCUACAGAAUCUGUGUGGAAGUGAAUGGCAAAGAGGAAACGAUGUCUGAGUGUGAGGCUGGCAUCUUAAGAUGCAGAGGACAGAGCAUCUCCAUCACAGCCAUAAAGCCCUGUGCAGAAGAAGCAGCCCAGUAGGGCCUGGAGGGGGUGGGGCUUGAUCCUCUUCAUCAGAAUCUAGUGGGCAGUGGAUGCUGGGUUAAAAUAACUGGUCCUUCAACCACUUUCCCAGCAGGAAGGCACAAUCCUUUUCUCUUUCUCUCUAGUAUUUACCUCUCCUUUCUGUGCUCAGCCACCUGUGCAAACAAACCCUUUGUUUUCUCAAACCCCAGCCCAGAUUUCCUUCCUUUACAAAUGGCAGUAUGAAGAACUGACAUGAACCAUGGCAUCCCCAGCUAUUUGUGAGGUUUUGGAAAAAUGCACUAGGCUUUGACUUUUUUUUUUUUGUCUGUAAACUUACUGGAUGAGACUAGAGGCACAUGCUCUCCGUUCUUUCAUCCCUAUGAUUCUGUUGAGUAUGAUUGACCCAGACCAUUGGCCCGUGUUCCUCCUCUACGUUGAUUAGGAAAACAGAAAGAAUGUAAUUUCCCAAUUAGGGAGGUCGUCUUUCCUCAGCGAUAUCAAACACACACACACACACACACACACACACACACACACACACACACACAUGCACACACAUUGGAAGGAAGAGACAGAUGUAAUUAUUUCCAUCCUGAGGAGUAAUGUCACUCUUCGCCCUACUAAGCCAUUCCCAUAUGUAGGAUCCUUCUUCUUGUCAGAAGAUCAAAUUACUUAAAUGUCAGAGCAGAAUUCAUCAUGCUAUGGUCACAGGGCACCAUUGUGAGACUCAAGCUUCAGCAAAGAAAUUACAGCUUGGUCGUAAGCCAGGUGAGCAGAGGCCCACAGUUGCCCUCAAGGUUGCUAAAGCAACAAAGACAGCUCCGGGAAAUGGUCCACCACAAACCUGCUGAUGCAGGAACUGGCCUGCCUCAAACAAGCAGGUGUAUCCCAAGAAAAUUGAACCCCCCUCCCCCGGGACUGAGCCAACCGACUUUUGCCCCGCACCCCGUCCCCAUUUCCCCCAGUUUGCGGUUUUUGAGCUUAAGAAAAGUCUGUAAUAGCUCUUCGGGGUUUCUGCUCCGUCCCAAAGGCAGAGGAACCCCGGCGCGCCGGCUUCAAUAAACCUCUUGCUGUUUGCAUCAUCA